AUGAGCACCGGCUCGCCACGAAGGCUCGGACUUGGCCUGGGCUUAGACGGGCAGGUGCCAGAGGAAGACGAAGGGACCGACGCUCGUAGCGCCACUGCUUCUCCUUCUGCGCGUACCACAUCGCUCCGCCACGCCGGCGGCAGCAAUCAUCUGCACCACCAGCGCGAUCACCUUCAGGCGACGCACAGCCCGACCCGACGCCGCGCCGACGGCACCAAUUCAAUGGCGUCGUCGUCGUUCCUCUCGCCCCUGCGAUCCCGAGCGGGCUCGCUGGGCGAGGGCGACGCUUCCGGCGAUGCAGCUGGGUCCGACUACGCCGAAUCCAUCGCCGACACCACCGGCGGCGGCGGUGGCGGAGACCAAUCGAUGUCGAUGCUGUCCACGGCCGACCCGGCCGAGAUCGACGAGCUCGAGGAGGGCGUGCGCCAGUCGCGCACCAUUGAGGACUUUACCAAGAUCAUUUCCGAGUUCAGGCUCAACCGCAAGUCGACGUACGCCGAAUCGCUCGCCGUCAACACCGAGACGGGCUCGCAGUGGGGCGGAGCACGCAGCGACGACGGCGCCACCGGCAGCGAUGCCGGCAGCAUCAGCGCCAGCACCAGCCUCUGUAGGCGGCGGCGCAGCAUCUCGGGCGAGAGCGGGAGCGACUACGGCGGCGCCUCGGCGACCCGUGGGCGCUGCACCUGCUGCUGCGGUCGCGACGACUGCCCCAGCGCCAUUCGCGCGCGGCAAGAGUGGCGCGACCUCGAGGCCGACCUCAGGCUGAGCGCAGAAAUCGGACAGGCGCUGCUCAAGCGACACGAUGCGAUGCACGCGCGCUCGCAAAAGCAGGCGCAGGAGUACAUCCAGCAGCGCGACGGCCUCAUGAGCCGGCUCACAAAGAGCUACAAGGAGACGUCGGGCCUAGAGCGGCAGCUGGCACAGGCCAACCUCAAUCUCGAGGCGGCCGACAGCAGCAACCGCACGCUGCUCCACGAGCUCGACGAGGUGCGCGGCCAGCUGGCCAAGCUGCGGGCGAGCCAGACGCGCAUGGCGGGCGCCGAGGACAAGGCACACCGGCUCGCGACCCAGCUCGACGACGCCAAGCAGGAGCUCGCCGCCGAGCGCAAGCGCGCCGACGCUGCCGAGGCGCGCGCGCGCAAGCUGUCGGAGCGCAACACGCAGCUGGCCGAGUCGCUCAAGCAGGCGCGCAAGGAGGUCGACAUCGCCUCGAUUCGCCGCGACGCCAAGGUCAGCGUCAGCGAGGAGGCUCUCGACGAGGCGCGUCGCAGGCUCGCCGUCGGGAUGCGCCAAGCCAGGAGCAGCGAGAGUGGCAAGGAUGGCCAGGUCGGCGGCAAUGGAGGCGCAGACGCCGACGACGGCGGCAGCGGCGACGAGGUGGCCAGCGUCGUCGAUACGCUGGUCCGGGACAAUGAAGCGCUGCGACAGGGCAACGCCCAGCUGCAGGAGCUGCUCGAGGCCCGCACCGAGGAGCUGGCGGCGAUCCGCGAGCAGGCCGAUGCCAGCAGCGUCUAUGACCACUUCUCCUCGUCAGCGACGCCCGGGGCAUCGACAACGGGAGCAGCCGCCUCGUCUUCAUCGCCACGGCCCUCGAUGCACUCGCGGCCGCCCAGCAGCCUCGGCUUCGGCAGCAGUUACCGAGUGCCGUCGUCGUCACGUCGGUCCGACAUCGACGGGGGCGAGGGCGACGAGCACGACGACGAUGCAGCCCUCGCGCCUGUAACGCUGUCCGAUGAGGUGGUGGUGCCAGGAGCUGAAGCAGCAGCGACCUCCAACACGACGGCGACGUCGCCGCUGCCCGGAGUCACCCUCACCCGCACGCCCUCGAGCGCACGCCGAUCGUCGGCGGCGACACGUGCGCAGCCUGCGCGAUCCUACUCGCGGUCAUCGGCUGCCAGCAGCGUGGCUGCGGGAGUCCUAGAUGGCUCCCUCCAGGAUAGCCCCCGUUCGAUGUCCGCGGGGCUGGUGCCGGCGAUUGCGGGCGCCUCGCAUUCGAGCGACACGCCGGUAACGCGGCGUCCGAGCCGCGCCGAGGCGGGGAGCGAGCACACGAUCAGCGCCGUUGGCGGUGGCGGCGGCGGCAGCGAACACGAUGCCGCCUCGGCCACAGGCAAUUCGGCCUUCCUCGCCGAGGCUGCCAGGCGGGAGCGCGACAACCGCACCAGCCAGCUCGCCACGCUGCUCGACUACAUUCAGCGCCUGUUUGGACGGCUGUCGAGCGCCGACGUCGACACGCUCACACGGCGGCUGCAGCGUCAGCAUCUUGCCGGCGACGUGGGCCAUCUGGCGCGCACGACGGUCAACUCGAUCCUGCGCGACGUCGACGGCCUGCGCGACCACUUCCGCCGCCUCGUCGAGCAAGAGAGCCGCCAGCAGGCGCGCGACGACUCAUCCAUGGGCUCGCGCGACGCCUCGAGCGAGAGCCUCGUGUCGCGCAAGGAGUUUUUCGCGGUGCUCAAAGCCUUCCGCGACAUCCUGUGCGAGGUGGCGAGGCUGCGGCUUUGCGUAAACGAGAUCCACAUGAACCCGGGCGCGGCCGCCAAGCUGCUCCAAGAGCACCUCGGAGCGACGGCGGCCGAAGACCGCUCGCUGCUGCCAAUCCCCUCGGCCGUCGGCUGGCUCGGCAAGAUGCUGCUUGGCGGGCCGUCGUCGACGGGAUCUUCGUCGACGUCGUCGUCCUCGGCGGCGGCGUCGUUGGCCUCCGCUUCGACGGGCAUCGCCGGCGCCGGGACCGGAACCGGACCGGGCUCAGCAGCAAUGGACGGCGGCGGAAGCAGCGCCGAAGCGUCGUCGUCGGGAGCGGCGGGCAGGCUCGGCUUGGGGGCGCCAUCAUCAUCAUUGUCACGGCCAUCCGGCUCGGGCGCCGGCGCAGGAGGCCGGAUGCAGCCGACGCGCGCCGUCUCGGGCGGCUCGGCCUACGCCUCACAUCUCGCUCCGCGCGCAUCGGCCGCCGUCGUAUCGUCGUCGGUCGCCGUCGAGGUCAAGGGCCUGCACGCAUCGGCCGCCGAAGCGAGCAACGCUUCCUCUAGCGGCGGCACGAGCUCCCUGGCAUCGACUUCGCCGCCGCCGAGCGGUGGUGGCCUGAAGGCAGGACCGCGGCCUAAGCGCGGGCGUGCGCCGGGAUCGCUCAGCCGCGUCCAGUCGCGCAAUCUGUCGGGGCUCUUCGCCGGCACGCUCGGCAACCCGGAAGGCUUCGGUGCCUCUCCGUCGGGGCGCCACGGACCGUCGCUGUCGUCGUCGUCGUACACGCCCCAGCGCCGCGACGCCUCGAGCCUCGGCAGCAGCCUCCUGGCCAGCGGCAGCGCGAACCGGGGCGCUGCGCAGCGACCGCUGAGCCGCAUCGUCGACGACGACGAGGUGAGCCUCCACCACGGCCGAUCGCGCCACCACGCCUCGGCGCUGGACACCGAAGACGAUCCCGAGUCGUCGUACCCGGGCGCGCUGCUGGAGCGCACCCUGCGCCCGCGCGGCCUCAGCGACUCGUCGAUCCGCAGCACCUUCCUCGACGCCGGCGCGCCGGGCGGACUCGGCGGCGGCAGCAUGAUGGGCCCGUCGCCCGUGUCGCGCAUCAUCACGCCUGCCACGCUGGCCCUGCAGUACGAGGCGGCGGCGGUGGGGCCCGCCGACGACGACGCCAAGAGCGACGUCAGCGGAGCCGCAUCGGCCUCGACGGCCACGACAGCCGAAAAGGUGGCUGGCCUCUGGCGAGGGGCCGUGGCAACGGCGUCGGGGGCGGCGGGAUCUUCGUCGGCGUCGUCUGGCGGCGGAGGCCACAAGGCGGUGCGCCAGACGCCGAGCGUAGCCGCGCUGAGCCGGGCAGCGGCGCGAGCCGAAGAGGCGCUCGUCGUGCCCCGCGGCGCCGCGUCGAGGGGCGCCUUCUAG